UGACAUUAAGUAAAGUAUAAAAGAAGGGCUCUUUCUGGAACUUCACAAUAUCUUCCUCUGAGAUUCUAAAGGCAACAACCAAACCAGGUUCAUUUCAGGUUCACCAUGGCAAUGCUGAGAAGUCUAAUGCUUCUUUUCCUUAUCGUCUCCAUGGGGAAUGCAGAAGUUGAUUUAAUCAUUAAAUGCCCAGCUGGAUGGACAAAUUUUGGACUCCGAUGCUUCAAAUUCUUCUCUCAGACGGUUAACUGGGUCACAGCAGAGAGAAACUGCCAAAGUCUUGAUGCGCAUCUCGCAUCUGUGCAUAAUAAACUGGAAAAUGAAUUUCUGCUGAGUCUGUUGCCAUCUUCUACCGCACAUAUUUGGGUUGGUGCUCAUGAUGGUGAAGUAGAAGGACAGUGGGUGUGGAGUGAUGGAACUGUGUUUGACUAUACCAACUGGUGCUCUACAGAACCUAACAGUGCCGGUGUUGAGAACUGUCUGGAGAUCAACUGGACCUCUAACCGUUGCUGGAACGAUCUACCCUGUUCAUACCCAGGCAUAAGCUACGUUUGUGUUAUAGACCUGUGAGAUCAUAUGCAGUUAUGCUGCUCCACAGUUACGUUGAUUGUAAACUUUCUGAUCUUACCUUUACCAUAAAAAUGUUAUUCUGAAAUGAAACUUCAUUUUAAUCUAAGCUUUAAUCUCUUUUCAAUACCUUCUCUGAAACACUCCUCUAAUAAAUAAAAGCAUUGAUACAGCAAAUCAUGUGUGUUG